CCUUUUUAAACCCCAAACCUUCUAGCCCCUACGCUCCCCAAAUCUUACUCUCUUUCUCUAAAACAGUAAAAACUCUCUGUUCGUCUCUCCGUAAUCAGUAGGAGAAGAAGAAGGGAAAACCCCAGUUCUUUCUCUUCUUCUUUCUUCUAUUUUCUCUCUUACUCGCUCUACAAAGCCCACUGUUUGGUUCUCAAUCUCUCAGUGCCCCUCUGUUUUUAUUUUGGAACCCAGGAAACAAUAAUAACAAGUAGGAUCUAUGGCGACAAUUAAUGGGUUCACUGAAAGUGCUCAAGGCUACCAAGACAUUGGUAUUAAUACUACGGUGACCGCUGCAGCGGCGCCACCGAAACAGCCCCAUCCUCCCGCAAAGAGUGUUGAUUCCCAGUCUGUUCUCAAAAGGUUGCAAUCUGAAUUGAUGGCCUUAAUGAUGAGUGGUGAAUCUGGGAUUUCUGCCUUCCCUGAAGACGACAAUAUAUUCUGCUGGAAAGGAACAAUUACCGGAAGCAAAGAUACAGUGUUUGAAGGAACAGAAUACAAACUCUCCUUUUUGUUUCCUAAUGACUACCCAUUUAAGCCCCCAAAGGUCAAGUUCGAGAGCGGCUGCUUCCAUCCCAACGUUGAUGUAUUUGGAAAUAUUUGCUUGGAUAUUCUUCAGGAUAAAUGGUCAUCUGCUUAUGAUGUGAGAACCAUCUUGUUAUCUAUCCAAAGUUUGCUUGGAGAACCAAACAUUAGCUCACCUCUAAAUACCCAAGCAGCACAGCUCUGGAGUAAUCAAGAAGAAUAUAGGAAGAUGGUGGAGAAGUUGUACAAGCCUCCAACUGCGUAGUUUCAUGGGUUGUAGCAGUUUCACAGCCGAAGAGUUUAUAUGAGCUUUCUUUAAUUAAUGUUCUUUCUUUUUGGAAGAUGAGACGGACUGAAUUUUUUCCCCAUUUUUUAUUUUCUUCUUCCUGUGUGUUGUGUUACAUUCCUUUCUUCUUUAAUACUGUCGGAAAAUCAUGGUCCUUUGUAAUAAAUGAACGUCAAUUAGACAA